AUGAAGGAUCUCAGGGCCUUUUUCACCGAGUUUGUAGAGGCUGAAAAGGUUGUGGAGGUGGAUUUCAACCAGAAGAUGAUAGAGCUCAUCAGAAAAACCAUAGUCCCCGUUGAAAUGGAGGAUUUCAUCAGCUCUGCUAGUGAGCUGGAGCUAUCAGACGGAGAUCUUGAAUACUAUAGAGGAUAUUUUGGAUACAGCCAGACAUAUAGCCUGUACAAGUCGAUGAUAAGGAGGAUCUUCAGCUGUGGCUUCAGUUACAAGGAAAUAGGCUUAGUCAUAGCUCUGUUGGAUAACGAGGCAAUGUGUUUCAAGAGGCUCCUGCCAAUAUUUACUAGGCUAACUACCUAUGUGAAACAUAACAUCCUUGACAAGAACAUUGUGGCAUGUUGCAUUGCACUCCGGUCCGUACUUACAUACAUUCCAAGUACUAUGAAUGGAAAGGACGAGUAUAUAUUGUCACUGAUCUCUUAUCUUACAGGCAUAGUUUCCCGGCACACAAGCUUCGUAUUCAUCAAUGAAAAAGAUGCAGAUGAGAUAAUUUCAACGAUCGAUCUCCUAACCAGGUUUUGCUUUGCUGUGGAUGUUUCUCGAAUAUCCUCUGGGAUACUCAAGGAAAUCAUAUUCCACCUUGAAACUCUCUCCAACGGGAAGAUGGCUCUUUACGAGGAGAUCUUUGCCAUAAUAUGUAUUCUAGAGACAAUUCCAUCAGUAUGCCGCCUUGUGGUCGGAUUCACAGAGAUCGAUUUCUCUUCUGCAUACUCCCUAGUCCAGAGGCUAGUCCUUUCAAGAGCAGAUCACGGGGGCUCAGAUGAAUGGAAUGGCAUCCAUGAUAGAUUUCUUGUGGCAAAGUACAGAAGCCUUGAAGCUCUGCAUCCAUGGAAAGCAGAGUUUGAUCGGAUUAUGUUCUAUAAUGAUGUGGAGUCUGCAAAACACCCGUCAAAAGUGCUUAGGUCCCUAAAGAGCCUGAAGAAGGAUGUUUCGUGGUCAGACAUGAUCGUCUUUGCCUGCCAUCCUGGACAACAAGAAGAAUGGCUACAGUUUAUGUUUGAUGAUUUCUUUGUGAGAAGUCCUGACCACCUUGUGUACAUUGAGUUGUUUGUAGGAUCUAUUGGGGACAGGGCGGAUCUCUUGCUGUAUUCUGGAUAUCUAUUGCUAAGGUCUUUUGAGCACAUUGAGGCUGAAAAGAAAUGGAGUGUCCUUGUGGACCUAUUUCUUCGAAACAUUCAGAGUCAGGACCAAAGGGCGGUUAGACUGAGGUGUAUUAUAUCUGAUUACAUAUGCUGCUCGAAGUCUCUAGAACAAAGAUCGAUCUUCUUGAAAGCCUUUAUCGAAAGAUUACAAAAGGAUUUUGUUUGCUUUAACUCAAGUGUCAUUGAGCUUCUAGAUAUGCUUCUCAAAGGCCACCAGGAGUUACCUCUGGAAACAUCAAACAUGAUUUGGUUGUAUCUUGAAGGUUGUAUUGUGAAAGAAAGAAGGAAAGAAAGGAUGGAGAAAGAACUGGAAACCAUGUAUGUAUGUGUUGCAUCAAGGGCUAUGAUACUGUCUGGAAGCACCAUCGACUUUAGAGAAUCAAGCACUCAUCCAGAGAGAUACUAUGAGCUUAUUACUUCCUGUCUUUCAUGGAUCAAAGGAAAGUUUCCUGAGGAGUAUAUCCAGAGGAUCAAGGAGACAAUGCUGUAUUUCCUGUUUGAUGCUAGUAGAGAAGAAGUGUGUGAGCUGGGGCUAUUGAUGAAGGGUGAGAGGUCAAGAUUCGCAGACAAGUUUGAAGAGCUUUAUGAAGCCUCAGGAGUAUAG